UAUACGAAUAACAAUCGAGUAAAAAUUACUGCUCGUAGUUAUAUUAUUUUACACACGAUUUUAACACUUUCCAAUCCAUAACCAGAAAUUCACUCUCAUACUAUCUCAAUCUAAUAUUCUUCCAUGGCUACUUUCUCCUCCUCCACCACCACCACCACCACCACCAUAAUUCUCAUCCUCUUCCUUAUUUUCUCUCUCCUAAAACCCACCAUCACAACCGCCCAAUCAUACACCUCAUCAGACUGUACUGGCCGUCGGAUCCACAUCAGAAAACUCCCUACAAGAUUCAACCUCGAUCUUCUCACUAACUGUUCUUCAUUCUUCCCAUUAUACCACGAUUUCUGCCCUCAUUUAGCUAAUCAUGGAUUGGGUCAAAAAACCCAUAACCGUUCUCGUUCGUGGUAUCGAACCGACCCGCAUCUCCUUGAACUUUUUUUCCACCGUCGUCUUCUUGAAUACCCAUGUUUAACACCUUAUCCUCAUCAAGCCGACGCCAUUUUUCUUCCUUACUAUUCUUCCCUUGACGCCCUCCGUUUUCUGUACGGUCCUGAUUACAACUCCAGUCACAUCCACGGUCUUGAUCUAUACUCUUUCCUCCAAUCGGACAAUCCUCAAAUUUGGGAGAGAUUCAAUGGUCAUGACCAUUUCCUUAUCAUGGCCGGUACGGCAUGGGAUUUUUCCCAACCUCUCCCAUCAAAAAAUGAAGAAGAAAUUGAGAGAUUAUGGGGGACUAGUUUUUUAAUGUUGCCGGAAUUUUUUAACUUGUCAGUUUUGUCCUUGGAAUCACGAGCUUGGGCUUGGCAAGAACAGGCAAUUCCUCAUCCGACUUCAUUUCAUCCUUCGAGUUUAGCAUUUUUGGAUUCGUGGGUUUUGAGAGUCAGACGGUCUAAGAGGAGUACAUUGAUGAUGUUUGCUGGAGGUGGCGGAACUUCUUCGACGGGUAACCCAAAUGUGAGACGGAGUAUCCGAGAAGAAUGUGGAGCUUUUGAGAAUGAGACUUUAAAUUCGUCGGUUGCUGAUGAUAUUAGGUUCCAGAAAGUUUGCGACAUUGUUGAUUGUUCUAAUGGAAUUUGCGAGCAUGAUCCUAUUAGGUACAUGAAGCCAAUGCUGCAGGCGAGCUUCUGCUUGCAACCUCCCGGAGAGACUCCUGCAAGGAGAUCAACUUUUGACGGGAUUAUUGCAGGAUGUAUACCCGUUUUCUUUGAAGACCAAUCUGCAAAAUCCCAAUUUCAGUGGCAUCUCCCACCCGCAGAAUUUGCAGAGUUCUCGGUCACAAUCCCAAAGGAAGAGGUAGUUUUUAACGGGUUGAAGGUAGUGGACGUGUUGAUGGGGAUCCCGAGAGCAGAAGUCAGGAGGAUGAGGGAAAAGUUGAUGGAGUUGAUUCCUAAGGUUAUGUAUAGAAAGCAUGGGAGUUCUUUCAGGUUGAGGGCUAAGAAGGAUGCGUUCGAUAUUGCAAUUGAAGGCACAUUGCAGAGGAUUAAGGAUAGGUUGAAGGAUGUCUCUGAUGUUGCCUGAUUGCUGCUUCUAACUUAUUGCUACUUUAUGCAGCAAAAUUUAGAGUUCUACUUCUUUAGGUGCUAUAUUGUGUAAUUUAUUAUUUUUCCUCAAUUCUUUUUUUAGAGUAUAUAUACUAUCUACAUAGGAAAUACCAAUAUACUUAUAGCAUUAUUAAGAAAAAACUUAAUUGACCUGGUGGUUAAACUAUCAUAAAUAAAAUAUAUUUUUAUUAGUCA